AAACAGAUCAUUGAAGGCUAUCACUAUUUUGACCCUAUCUAGGGUUCUUAAUUUCUCUCUUUUCUCCUCUUUCUUUCGCAAAACUCGAAUUAGGGGUUUUCAAUUCUGGCACAGACAAGUAAAUUCAUUCUACAGACUCAAAUCUUCAAGACCUGUAAGGAUUUCAAAGACUCGGAAACCAUGUACGGAUCCAGAGGGGCAAUGUUGGGAAGCGGGGGGGUUUCGGAUGGGUACGAGGUCGGCUCAAAGAGACAAAGAAUGAUGGAAUCAAAUCCCUACUUCGCAGUGAGCAGUGGUGCGAGUGGCUUUCAACCUUAUGGAUACGGUGGUGGAUUUCAGCCCCCACCCUUUCCUGUGGUUCGUCUGAGGGGGCUUCCUUUCAACUGCUCAGAUGUUGAGAUUCUCAAGUUCUUUGCUGGAUUGGAUAUUGUGGAUGUCUUGCUGGUCAACAAGAGUGGGCGGUUCACUGGAGAAGCUUUUGUUGUCUUUGCUGGACCUAUGCAGGUUGAGUUUGCUUUACAGAGGGAUCGACAAAACAUGGGACGGAGGUAUGUGGAAGUUUUUAGGUGCAAGAGGCAGGAUUAUUACAACGCUGUUGCUGCGGAGGUGAAUUAUGAAGGAAUCUAUGACAAUGAUUACCAUGGAAGUCCUCCUCCAUCUAGAGCAAAGAGGUUCAGUGAUAAGGAUCAAAUGGAAUACACAGAGAUCUUGAAGAUGCGGGGUCUCCCCUUUUCUGCAAAAAAAGCUGAAAUAAUUGAAUUCUUCAAAGACUUUAAGCUCAUUGAUGAAAGGAUACACAUUGCAUGCCGCCCAGAUGGGAAAGCUACUGGAGAGGCAUAUGUAGAGUUCAUUUCUGCUGAGGAGGCCAAAAGAGCUAUGAGCAAGGACAAGAUGACAAUUGGAUCGAGGUAUGUUGAGCUGUUUCCUUCAACACAAGAUGAAGCUAGACGGGCAGAGUCGAGAUCAAGGCAGUGAAAAGAAGCCGACUGGCAUGGGAUUUUAUGCCGACCUUAGGUUUACUGUUUGUAUUCUGGCCAUCUGUUUAGUUCACAUCUGACUCAAAUAAAGUUCAAUGUGGUUAUUGUUAUAUGCUUAUAAUGUUCAGAUACGAGAUACCUGUCUUUUUAAUGAUCUAAAUUUUGCUUCUUGUGAA